AUGAAUUUGAUAGAGUUAACUUCGGGUAAACUCUCUCCAUUACCAAAAUAUCCUGCUGAACAACGAGCUGCAAAUGUUCCACAUGCUCCUGUCAGGAUUGUACCUCUGAAUAAAAAAGAACGCGCAUUGGCCAUUGCAAAUAUGUUACGUUAUGUGCCAAAAGCGGAUCAUGAUUUACUAGCCACAGAAUUCGAAGAAGAGCUUAAUAAAUAUGGACAUAUUUAUGCAUAUCGAUUCAUGCCAAACUAUUCUUUGAAGGCUAUAAAGGUAAGACGUCUCCAGGCUGCUCGGUUCGACGCCAUCGCUAGUAGUAUAGAAGCCAUUCUUUUUUCCAUUGCCAAAGUCCAUAUCGCUGCUCCCCCCAUACGUUCAAAAUCUUUCCUGACUGUAUCAGUUCAGGUCUUGACUGGCCCUCCUCGCUUUUGGCGCAACCAUCACAGACGUCAACUUCUGUGGUGGACGACGGAAAACGUGCCUUAA